AUGCUCACAAAAACAACCCAAACAGCCCUCUCCUACUUGCAGGGCUUCACAACCCUCUCCGCAGACACGUUCCUCCGCUACCUAUCCCCAACCGCCAGCCACAGAUUCGCCCCGUCCUCCCUCUCCCCACCAAGCCCCAUGAGCCCAGAGGCAUUCGCAAACCAUCUUGAAGGUCUCAGAGAGGUUCUAUCGGGGUUUCCCGUCUCAGCGAAAGAGAUCUUCGACCACGAGGAGAAGGGGCAGGUGACGAUUUGGGCGACGAGCGAGGCGGAGUUCAGGCAUGAGGUCAAGGAUGGUGGGAUUACGGAGGACGAGUGGGCUUAUAAGGGAGAGUAUAUUUUCAUUUUUACGAUGGAUGAAACGGGACAAAAAAUUGUGGAUAUUGUUGAGUUUUUGGAUAGUUUGGGGACUGAGAGGUUGAGGGGGUUGAUGGCUAGGGCGAGGAAAAAUUUGCAGGUUAAGAGGGAUUAG